GCAAGGGAGUGCUCGAACACGCUCACUCACGAGACAGGCGAUCCCUUCCCAAGUACCAACGUAGAACACCUUCUGAUUUUGAUGAAGUGCUGACUGCAAUAUUAUCUAUUGGGCAAUAGAAGCGUCGUGAAACGGAAUACGGCGGUACAGCUCAAAUCGUCGGCUCGCAGAAGAGGAGGCAGGUGACCGUCUACGCAGGCAGAUCCACCUCCGCUUGGCAGUUCGAACGCAAGGCACGUCGGUGGAAAACAACUGUUUAUUAGUCCUUUAUUGUCGUAAUAGAUGUUACAUAUUUAACUACAUGACUUUUAAUUUAAUUGUUUAGUUAGUCAGUUCUCCCUCCGAGAUGGAUAGCGCGCACACUAAAUCCGCAUCUGAAGUUUUAGAGAACUUCAGUGUGAACGAAAACACUGGACUCACACUUGAACAAGUGAAAUCGAAUUUUGAAAAAUAUGGACCGAACGAGCUUCCAGCUGAAGAAGGCAAGUCCCUAUGGGAGCUGGUGGCGGAGCAGUUUGAAGACCUCCUGGUCAGGAUCCUGUUGCUAGCUGCCUGCGUCUCCUUUGUGCUAGCUCUGUUUGAGGAGGGGGAGGAGACUAUCACAGCCUUCGUGGAACCCAUCGUCAUCCUGCUCAUCCUCAUCGCUAACGCUGUGAUCGGAGUCUGGCAGGAGAGGAAUGCGGAGAACGCCAUCGAGGCGCUGAAGGAGUACGAACCAGAGAUAGCCAAGGUGUACCGCAUGAACCGCAAGGCUGUCCAGAGGAUCAAAGCCCGGGAAAUAGUUCCUGGGGAUGUUGUGGAGAUUGCCGUUGGUGACAAGGUCCCUGCUGACAUCCGGAUCACCUCCAUCAAGUCUACCACCCUGAGAGUGGACCAGUCUAUUCUCACAGGCGAGUCUGUGUCUGUGAUCAAACACACCGACCCCGUCCCUGACCCCAGAGCUGUCAAUCAAGACAAGAAGAACAUGCUGUUUUCUGGCACCAACAUCGCUGCGGGACGAGCCAUCGGCAUCGUGGUCUCCACCGGCAUAUCCACGGAGAUCGGUAAGAUCAGGAACCAGAUGGCAGCCACGGAGCAGGAGAAGACCCCCCUGCAGCAGAAACUGGACGAGUUCGGAGAGCAGCUCUCCAAGGUCAUCUCCCUGAUCUGCGUGGCCGUCUGGAUCAUUAACAUCGGCCAUUUUGGGGACCCGGUCCAUGGGGGGUCCUGGAUGCGGGGGGCCAUCUACUACUUUAAGAUCGCUGUGGCCCUGGCUGUGGCCGCCAUCCCUGAGGGUCUACCCGCUGUGAUCACCACCUGCCUGGCGCUGGGGACCCGCCGCAUGGCCAAGAAGAACGCCAUCGUCCGCAGCCUGCCCUCUGUGGAGACCUUGGGCUGCACCUCUGUCAUCUGUUCCGAUAAGACUGGCACCCUUACCACCAACCAGAUGUCUGUCUGCAGGAUGUUUGUGGUGGACAAGGUGGAGGAUUUCAGCUGUGCUGUCCAUGAGUUCUCUAUAACUGGCUCAACCUAUGCCCCUGAAGGACAAGUGUUGAAAGGGGACAAGGUGGUGCAGUGUGGAGAUUAUGAUGGACUUCUGGAGCUGGCUACCGUGUGUUCCAUGUGCAACGACUCCUCACUGGACUACAAUGAGGCCAAAGGAGUGUAUGAGAAGGUGGGCGAGGCGACAGAAACGGCCCUCACUACACUGGUGGAGAAGAUGAACGUGUUCAAGACUGACACGUCAGGCCUCAGCAAGGUGGAGCGCGCCGGAGCCUGCAACUCAGUGAUCAGACAGCUGAUGAAGAAAGAGUUCACUCUGGAGUUCUCUCGCGACCGCAAGUCCAUGUCGGUGUACUGUACCCCCACCAGCAAACCAGGCUCUGGGAGCAAGAUGUUCAUCAAGGGUGCCCCAGAGAGUGUGAUGGAGCGUUGCCAGUACCUGCGUGUUGGCACAGGGAAGGUGCCACUGACCAUGCCGCUGAAAGAGCAGCUGACCUCACUGAUCAGGGACUGGGGCACGGGCAGGGACACGCUGAGAUGCCUGGGCAUGGCCACACGGGACUCGCCACCUAAACAACAGGACAUGGAUCUGGAGAACUCCACCAAGUUCGCUGAGUACGAGACGGGCCUAACGUUUGUUGGCUGUGUGGGCAUGCUGGACCCGCCCAGGAAGGAGGUGAUUGGUUCCAUCCAGCUGUGCGCCGAGGCGGGCAUCCGUGUCAUCAUGAUCACCGGGGACAACAAGGGCACGGCCGUGGCCAUCUGCCGACGCAUCGGUAUCUUCGGCGAGGAUGAGGAUGUGAUGGGCAAGGCCUACACAGGCCGGGAGUUUGACGACCUGCCCAUAGUGUCCCAGAGAGACGCUGUGAAGCGGGCACGGUGCUUUGCCCGCGUGGAGCCUGCCCACAAGUCCAAGAUCGUGGGCUACCUGCAGUCGUUUGAUGAGAUCACUGCCAUGACUGGUGAUGGAGUGAACGACGCACCAGCCCUGAAGAAGGCAGAGAUUGGCAUUGCCAUGGGCUCGGGCACAGCUGUGGCUAAGUCAGCAUCUGAGAUGGUUCUGUCUGAUGACAACUUCUCUACCAUCGUGGCGGCUGUGGAGGAGGGCAGAGCCAUCUACAACAACAUGAAACAGUUCAUACGAUACCUCAUCUCCUCCAACGUGGGAGAGGUCGUCUGCAUCUUCUUGACCGCCAUCUUGGGUCUACCUGAGGCUCUGAUCCCGGUCCAGUUGCUGUGGGUCAACCUGGUGACAGAUGGUCUCCCUGCGACUGCCCUGGGCUUCAACCCCCCAGACCUGGACAUCAUGGACAAGCCCCCCCGCAACCCCAAGGAGCCCCUCAUCUCUGGGUGGCUGUUCUUCAGAUACCUGGCCAUCGGAGGGUAUGUUGGUCUGGGCACAGUGGGUGCUGCCACCUGGUGGUACCUGUUUGAUGAUGAAGGCCCACAGGUGUCCUUCUAUCAGCUGAGACACUUCAUGCAGUGCUCGGAGGACAACCCCAUGUUCCAGGGCAUCGACUGUGAGGUGUUUGAGUCCCGCUACCCCACCACCAUGGCCCUCUCCGUGCUGGUGACCAUAGAGAUGUUCAACUCCCUCAACAGUCUGUCAGAGAACCAGUCCUUGAUCAGGAUGCCUCCGUGGGUCAACUUCUGGCUGCUGGGAGCCAUCGUCCUCUCCAUGUCCCUCCACUUCCUCAUCCUGUAUGUUGAGCCCCUGCCUCUGAUCUUCCAAGUGACCCCUCUGACCUGGUGCCAGUGGAUCGUGGUCCUAAAGAUCUCCAUCCCUGUCAUCCUAUUGGACGAGCUCCUCAAGUACAUCUCCCGCAACCACUUAGACGCCUAAACUCUCUCCUCUCUCCUUCUAGAAAAGACAACGACGACAAGAAGUACAGGAACAGGCAGCUAAAAUAUUAAGACCCCCCCCCACACCACACACACACACACACA